AUGGAUUUGGGAAGUGCGAAAAAGAGAGGCAGACCAGACGCUGUGCUUAAUGGCAAUGGCGGUUUUAAGAAAUCCAAAUCAGAAAUGGAGUCCUUUACAACUGGUAUAGGAAGCAAAUCGAAGCCUUGCACAAAGUUUUUCAGUGCUUCUGGGUGUCCAUUUGGUGAAGGAUGCCAUUUCUUGCACUAUGUUCCUGGUGGCAUUAAAGCUGUUACUCAGAUGCUUGGCAGCAAUCCAGCCCUUCCACCAGCUGCCCGAAACCCAGUUGUAUCGCCGUCUUUUCCAGAUGGAUCAUCCCCACCAGCUGUCAAAAGUCGGUUAUGCAACAAAUACAGCACAGCCGAAGGGUGCAAGUUUGGUGACAGGUGCCAUUUUGCCCAUGGUGAGUGGGAGAUCGGCAAGCCAACAGUUCCAUCCCAUGAGGAUCCUCGUGCUAUGAGACAAAUGCCAGGAAGACAUGGUGGUGGCAGUCGAUUUGAACCAACCCCACCAGGUGCAGCCAGCUUUGGAGCCUCAGCCACUGCUAAAAUCAGUGUGGAUGCUUCUCUUGCGGGAGCCAUCAUUGGGAAAGGUGGCGUCAACUCAAAGCAAAUCUGCCGCUUGACAGGAGCCAAGCUAUCAAUAAGAGACCAUGAGUCUGAUCCGAACUUGAGGAACAUUGAACUAGAGGGCACUUUUGAUCAGAUCAAACAAGCGAGUCAAAUGGUACGGGAACUUAUAGUGAAUGUUAGUUCUGCCUCUGGGCCACCAAUGAAGAACCCUGUGUUUCCUGGCCCAUCUCCUGCUAGCAACCGCAAGACCAAACUUUGUGAAAACUUUGCCAAAGGGUCCUGUACUUUUGGAGAAAGGUGUCACUUCGCACAUGGUGCAGAAGAAUUGCGGAAUCCUCAUGUCUGA